AUGCCUCAGAAGGUCUAUGUCACCUACAAUCAGGUGCACAAGCUGUGCCAGCAGUCGGCCGAGACUAUCCUCAAGGAGUUCCACCCCAACCUCAUGAUCGCUAUUGGCGGUGGUGGCUACGUUCCUGCGCGCAUUCUCCGAUCCUUCCUCAAGCGCUCCGGUGACCCCAACAUCCCCAUCCAGGCUAUCGGUCUCUCCCUCUACGAAGACCUCGGCCGCGAUGACCCAGAGGAGGUCCCCGGCACCAAGGUCACCCGCACACAAUGGCUCGACUUGAGCUCCCUCGAAAUGGCCAACCUAAUCGGCAAGAACAUCCUCAUCGUCGACGAGGUUGACGAUACCCGUACUACUCUGGAGUACGCCGUGCGCGAAUUGGAGAAGGAUGUUGAGAUCGCUCAGAAGCAGCUUGGCCGCGAGGGCGAGAAGACCAACUUCUUCAUUUACGUCCUGCACAACAAGAACAAGUCGAAGAAGGGUGUUUUGCCCGCUGACAUGAUGGACAGCGGUCGUUACCACGCCUCUGUCACCACCGAAGACGUGUGGAUCUGCUAUCCUUGGGAGGCCAAGGACAUCGACGAGCACGAUGCUUUGGCCAAGGAGAACCCUCUUAUCUGA